AUGCAAAAAUAUGGAGCAAAACAAAUAUCCUGGGAAAAGUUCACCAAGGAACAGCUAAUGGCUAAAUAUCCUGAAUUUAUUCUGAAUCCCGGAGAGGUUGCUUGUUGCGACAAUAAUGGCGGAGUGCUGUGCGCAGACAAGGCCCUGAGAGCUGUACAGGAGCAAUUUCAGCGAAUGGGUGGGGUGAUCCAAGAUGCGCAAAAGGUAAAGCAUAUUCAGCCUGGGCAAGUGGUUAGAGUGACAACUACCUCUGAGAUCUAUGAAGCUAAAAAUAUAGUGAUUACAGCAGGGCCAUGGGCCCAGAAGGUCCUGUCUCCCCUUGGACUUGAGCUACCAUUAAAGACCCUGAGAAUUAAUGUCUGUUACUGGAAAGAGAAGAAUCCUGGGAGACAUGGUCUGCUGCAAAACUUUCCAGCAUUCCUUGGUGUACAUCUAAAUGGAGAAGAGCAUGAAGUCUAUGGCCUACCUUGCCAAGAAUAUCCAGAGCUAGUUAAGAUUUGUUUUCAUGGAGGAAAUGAGGCUGACCCUGAGGAACGUGAGCUUCAAACUAAACCACCCCAAAUUCCAGACAUCCAGAUACUUUGCAACUUCAUCAGUAAAUACCUUCCUGGAUUGCACCCCAAGCCUGCUGUGAUAGAACAAUGCAUGUACACGAAUACUCCUGACAGAAAUUCCAUCUUGGAUUACCAUCCUCUUUACAAGAAUAUUGUCAUAGGCUCUGGAUUCUCAGGUCAUGGCUUCAAGCUUUCCCCAAUAGUCGGGAAGAUAUUGAGUGAGCUCAGCAUGGGGAAGGAACCUGUAUAUGAUCUUACACCAUUCAGUAUCGCUCGUUUCAAAACCCCAAGUGCAACUUUGUGA